CACGCCGAGGGUUUGGCCAGUGGUGCGCCGACACUCCCCAUGGGCUCGUGGGCCAGGGCUUCAGCUAGGGCCAGCCGUCAUGAGGCGCACCGCCUGCCUGCUUCUCGCCAUGGGGCUCAUCGCUGCCGCGGGCGGCCUGCGCUGCUACGUGUGCAACUCUAAGGCAGACAGCCGGUGCGCGGAUCCCAUGCAAGUCGCGGAGGAAAGCGAGGACCAAAACGACGGCAAGCAGCAGCAGAGCGGUGGCGGCGGCGGCAGCAGCAACGGCGGUGGCAGCGGCGGGGGACGCUACGACGAGCAGCAGCAGGGGCUGCAGAUGGUGGACUGCAAGGUGGCGCACAGCGUGCGGCAGGCCAUGGACGCGGUCAACGGGCUGCUCUCCCGGCUGGGCCAGAGGGCGCCGGGCGGCGGCGACGUCUGGGCGGCCGUGCGCGCGUCCAACCAGCUCACCUCCCAGACGGGGUCCUCGGGGUCGGGCGGGCUGCUGGGCCCGCGGGGCCAGACGGAGCAGCGCGACCAGCGCGACCAGCGCGGGCACAACGAGCAGGAGUCCAACGCCGCGUGCCACAAGGUGGACAUGGAAGUGGACGGCGAGAUGGUGACGGACCGCGGGUGCGCCCCGGGACGCGUUUACGGCCAGGAGCCCUGCGACGCGCUCUCCGCCGCCCUGGGGGACACGGAGUUCUGCGAGCUCUGCGACGGCGACGGCUGCAACGCCGCCAGCCUGGCCAGAGCCUCGCUCAGCGUGGCGGCGGCCGUGUUCAUGCUCCACGGCCUGCUCCUGCGGCACGGCGCCCGCCCAUGAGGAGUAGUGGAGCCGACACGACGGGGCCGCCGCACCAUCCUGCAUGCCGCGCACUUUGUGACGAUGCGGCGGUGUUCCGCAAAAUGUCUCCACGUCCGCUUCAGCAUGACGCCGCCGCGCAGCUAGGCCACCCAACGUGCGGCGGCCACGCCCACGCGGGCGCGCGUACUCCAAGCUGUACCCGCGGCAGGGCGGGCGCCGCACCUCACCUCGUUAGAGGCCCGCGGUGCGCGUAAUUAGAGGACAUCCUCUAACGCCUUUUCUUUCUGCGACCGCUUUCCAACCUGAACGCGCACACACACGCACUCACAAACACACUCUCACACACACACGGACUCACACACACGCACUCGCUACACUAAAUAUUUUUUUUAAAGAUACGCACUGUUAUGGUAACCCGCGAUAAUAGGCCGGUUUGUGUGACGGCGUGCGAACUCGCAACCCUCGUAACCAAGCGAAAGGACGGUUGUACCGCCAAUAGCCGAGGCGAUAUAAGCAGGGGUUUCAGAGAGCAGACGACGCGCGUGCCGCAACGGUGGGACCUCUCGCUCGCACUCACGCUCGUCGCACUGGUUCCGUCUCUCUCGCUCCGGACCAGAGUGGCCCGCGGGCCGCGUCUCAGAGCUGAGACCUGUGCGAUAGGGCAGCGAUUCGCAGCCUCCCACGCCGAGACGCCCUGAAACCUUCGGUGAAAGUACAUCAUAUCAGCGCCUGGUGCGUAUAAGCCCGGGCCGGCUGGUCGUGCAACCCGACGCCGCCAGUGAGCGUCGCAUUACCCGAAAGCCUCCCCCGACAUGGGGGCGGGCUUGAGCCGGGCUUGAGCCGGCCUGGAGGUGCCAUGGCAUGACAAGAGGACAUAGCCCUGCACCGGCCCAUCCCCGCCCGCCCCGCCGCGCCCGCCGCGCCCCGCCCACACCGCCGCCGCUGCCCAGGACGAGAAGGCGGCCGUGGCGCGGAGUGGCGCCGAGGCGGACGGGACCCGCGCCGCUACAGGGGCGGCCUGCAGUGCCAGCCCAGCCGCCAGCCCAGCCAGCAGCCAGUCGUCCGCAGAACGCCCAGCUCAGCUCAACCGCCGUCACCAUGGACCGCACCGUGUUGCUCCUCCUCCAGGCCCUGUGCGCCGUGGCC